AUGAUGAACUCUGAUGCUUGUCAGGUCUCAUUGUCUGUAUUGGGAGUCGGCGCAGGCGUGGGCUCAGGCGUCGCUGCUGGUGUCGGUGCUGGUGUCGGAGCAGGGGUUGGGGCUGGUGUCGGAGGAGGGGUCGGCGCGGGAGUCGGUGCAGGCGUUGGCGCAGGCGUAGGCGCGAGAGUGGGCGCGAGAGUCGGCGCCGGACUUGGCGCAGGUGUCGGUGCGAGCGUCGGUGCAGGCGUCGGUGCUGGGGUCGGUGCAGGCGUAGGUGCAGGCGUUGGUGCAAGCGUUGACGCAGACGUUGGCGCAGGCGUCGGCGCAGGGGUCGGCACGGGAGUCGGGGCCGGAGUCGGUACAGGCGUCGGUACCUACGUCGGCGCAGGGGUCGGCGGAAGGGUCGGCGCGAGGGUCGGCGCAAGGGCGCGGGAGUCGGUGCAGGCGUUGGCGCAGGCGUUAGUGCUGGGGUCAGUGCAGGCGUUGGUGCAGGGGUCGGUGCAGGCGUUGGUGAAAAAGUCGGCGCAAGCGUCGAUGCAGGGGUCGGCGCUGGGGUCGGCGCAGGCAUCGGCGCAGGCGUUGGUGCUGGGGUCGGUGCAGGCGUCGGGGUCAAAGUUGGCGCAGGCAUCGGCGCACGCGUCGGUGCUGGUGUCGGCGCUGGUGCCGGUACUGGCGUUGGAGCAGGGGUCAAUGCAGGUGUUUGCGCUGGCGUUGGCGCAAGAGUCGGCGCGGAAGUCGGCGCAGGUGUCGGUGCUGAGGUCGUGGCAGUAG